GUGGUUCUCCUACUCCAGAAGUUUUGCUAACGAGAUGCAAUGUAUGUUGCAGGACAUUUAUCUCCAUAAUCCAAAUGUGAAGUGGGAUGAUAUUAUUGGACUGGAUGCAGCUAAAAGGCUAGUCAAGGAAGCAGUUGUUUAUCCCAUAAGGUACCCCCAGCUGUUUACAGGCAUUCUGUCUCCUUGGAAAGGAUUACUGCUCUAUGGACCACCAGGUACUGGGAAAACUUUGCUUGCUAAGGCUGUUGCCACAGAAUGCAAUACAACCUUUUUCAACAUAUCUGCAUCCACCAUUGUCAGCAAAUGGAGGGGUGAUUCAGAAAAACUUGUCCGGGUGUUAUUUGAGCUUGCCCGGUACCAUGCUCCUUCCACAAUUUUCUUGGAUGAGCUGGAGUCAGUUAUGAGUCAAAGAGGCACUGCUUCUGGUGGUGAGCAUGAAGGAAGUCGGCGGAUGAAAACAGAAUUACUGGUGCAGAUGGAUGGCUUGGCCCGAUCUGAUGAUCUUGUAUUUGUUUUAGCAGCUUCCAAUCUGCCAUGGUAA